AUGCAGUCCUCUCUGCUCAAGCUUGCGAUUCUUCUCGCGCAGCCCCUCGUCGGGACCGCAGCGACCUUUCGCCCUGAACGGGAUGGCCUCCUGCGUGAAGGAUUGCACAACCUACCCACCUUCAGUCCCGCCGUCUCGCAAACAAUCAACCAGACAGACAACCUCCCCUCCCCCGGCUCCUUCUGGUCCUCCUCCUUCAUCCACGCCUCCAACAACCACUCCUACCUCGUCCUCUCCCACCUCCUCCCCAGCAUCGCAAUCUACCGCGCCUCCAUCCUCGACAUCACCGACCCGGCCCACUACGCGCAGUACCAAGUCAUCACCAGCCCCGUCCCCCCCUUCUCCCCGUCCGGCGUGUUCAACGCAUCCUUCCCCGACUACGGCUUCGGCUCGACCAGCUCCACCGACGGCAUCUCCGAGCUGCGCACCUGGAGCGCCAGGCCCGAGGACGGGGUGGAAUUCGACCUCACCUUCUCCACCUCCGCGCCCAUCCUCCUCAACGGCGGCCUCGGCUUCUUCGAGUCCCGCAACAGCACCGUCUACGAGUGGAGCAUGCCCGCAGGUCUCACGCGCGGCUGGAUCGCCGUCAACGGGACCCGGCUCGCCGUCGACCCGGCGCGCUCGCUGACCUGGUACGACCGGCAAUGGGGCGGCGCGCCCCCAGGCUGGUCGUGGUUCGAGCUCCACCUCGAGAACCUCGACCGAGAGGCCUACGACGUGCCCAUGUCCGUGUGGGUGUGGGAAGAAGCCGGCGCCGCGGCCGGGCUAGCGACGGUCAGAGACGGGCGUGACGUGCAGAAGGUCGUUCCCGUGACGUCGCUGGUGCCGUCGAACAGGACGUACAUCUCGCCGUUGUCGGGGGCCGUGUACCCCCUGGACUGGACGCUUGAGCUGGGCGACGCGACGAGGCUGUCCAUCUCGAGCGUGAGGCCGGACCAGGAGAUGGUUGCCGAAGGUGGGCUGUUGCCGACGUAUGAGGGAUAUGUUACCGUCUCUGGUGUGUAUCGGGGGAACCAGACCGUCGAGGGGUAUGGACUCGUUGAGUUGGAGAUUGUCACUUCCGACGCGCUGUAA